AUGAAGUUUCUCCCUAUGGUAUUCCUGAUGAACAAAGUAGUUACUCUGAGGUGCCCUGCACGGGAUGCUUUCCUUGUUCCACAUGAGUGGUACCAACCGGGUGACUUUGUCAUUGGUGGGAUGGUGUCUCAAAUUGUUUACCACUUUUAUGAAAUUAUAUUUAAGGAACAUCCAUCUUUAAAAGGUUAUGGCUUACCACUUAUAAUAACUAAAUUCUACCAGCACAUCCUUGCAUUAGUCUUUGCUGUGAAGGAGAUCAAUGAGGACUUCCAGAUCUUACCUAACCUCACUCUCGGGUUCCACAUCCAUGAUAGUUACCAUGAUCCAAGGAUGACCUAUCGCACCACUCUGGACCUGCUUUUCAAAUCCCAGGGAUUUGUCCCUAACUACAAAUGUGACAGUCAGAAGAAUCUCAUGGCCAUUGUAGGAGGAUUAGGCUCGGAUACAUCAUCUUAUAUGGCAGAAAGUGUAAACGUCUACAAAAUUCCACAGUUGACUUAUGGCUCUUUUGCCCAAGAAGAGUUCCAGACUACUAAGUUAUCUUCGUUUUAUUGCAUGGUCCCACAUGAGGACCAUCAGUACACUGGAGUUAUACAACUUCUUCUUUAUUUUGGAUGGACAUGGAUUGGAGUCUUCACUCUUGAUACUAAUAAAGGAGAACGUUUCUUCCAGAAACUGCAGUCAUUGUUUUCCCAGAAUGGCAUCUGCACAGCUUUCUCACAAAAUAUUCCACAACUAGUUAAUUUGGAGAAUGUGUCUGAAUUACUUCAGGGAAACUCAAUUAUCUGCAAUAAACUAACAGAUCAGAAAGCAAAUGCUUUUCUUGUCUAUGGAGAAUCAUUCACAAUUUUGUGGCUCAGAAUUGCUGUGUUUCUGUGUGAGCUAGAGGAUAAAGAGAGUGCAUCAUUUAGAAAGGUUUGGAUCCUGAUGGACCCAAUUGAUUUCAUACUGACAGCAUUUCAAAGAGGUUUGGAUCUCCAGUUGUUCUACGGGGCCCUUUCUUUUACAGUGCACUCAAGAGAAGUUCAAGGCUUUGAAGAAUUUCUUCAAGCUAUCAAGCCUUCAACCCACAAAAACGGAUUUUUUCAAAACGUUUGGGAGCAAUUGUUUGACUGUUCAUUUCCAAAUGAGGAAUUAACCAUAAUGUACGAUGAAAUUUGUAGUGGAGAAGAGAAUUUGGGGGAUUUGCCCACACCUCUGUUUGAGUUGCAGCUGACUGGCCAAAGCUACAGUAUCUACAAUGCUGUCUAUGCAGUGGCCCAUUCUUUGCACGAGGCAGUGAGAAUGAGAGCCCAACAGAGAAUCAUUCAAAGGUUUGAAUUUCCAGAUCUUCAGCCUUGGCAGGCUCUUCCACUUUCUCAGUGUAAUGAUCAUUGUUUCCCUGGAUUUUGGAAGAAAGGAGAUGAAGAAAAAAAAUUCUGUUGUUAUGACUGUAUUCAAUGUCCGGAAGGGAAGAUUUCAAAUCAAAUGGAUAUGGAUGACUGUUUUGAAUGUUCAAAAGAUCACUAUCCAAAUGAGGAAAAGAUAGAAUGCAUUGUGAAACGAGUGGUCUUUUUAAAUAUUGAAGAAACCCUAGGAAUUGGGUUAACCUCAACGACUCUUUGUUUCUUCUUCUUGACAUGUUGGGUACUUGGAACAUUUAUUAAGCACAAGGAUACUCCCAUUGUCAAAGCCAACAACCGGUCCCUCACCUACACCCUCCUUGUCUCUCUUCUGCUCUGUUUUCUCUCCUCUUUGUUCUUUCUCAGCCAUCCUGGCAAAGUGACCUGCCUUCUCCGACAAUCAGCUUUUGGCAUCACUUUCUCAGUGGCUAUUUCUAGUAUCCUGGCCAAAACUAUUACUGUGGUUGUGGCUUUCAUGGCCACUAAACCUGGUUCUCCUAUGAGGAAAUGGGUGGGGAAAAGAUUGGCCUUUUCUAUUGUCUUCUCAUGCUCUCUCUUACAAAUAUGUAUUUGUAUUGUUUGGUUGUCGACAUCUUCCCCAUUCCCUGAGUUGAACAUGCAAUCAGAGUCCCAAGAAAUUAUUUUACAAUGCAAUGAAGGUUCAGCUUUCUUCUUCUACUGUGUUUUGGGCUACAUGGGUAUCUUAGCUAUUGCCAGCUUUAUUGUGGCUUUUCUUGCUCGUAAAUUACCUGACAGCUUUAAUGAAGCUAAGUUUAUCACCUUCAGCAUGCUGGCUUUCUGCAGUGUAUGGGUCUCCUUUGUUCCAACCUAUCUUAGCACUAGGGGAAAAGCCAUGGUGGCUGUGGAGAUCUUCUCUAUCUUGUGCUCUACUGCUGCCCUCCUGGGAUGCAUCUUUUUCCCUAAAUGUUACAUUAUUGUUCUGAGGCCUGAUUUAAACAGCAAGGAACAAUUGAUAAAAAGACACACUUAA